GACGUGGCCAUAUAUUUCUCCCAGGAGGAGUGGGGACUUCUUGAUGAGGCUCAGAGACUCCUGUACUGUCAAGUGAUGCUGCAGAACAUUGCACUUUUGUCCUCCGUAGGGCCCCAUGGCAGUAGUAGAGGUGCUCAUGAGUCCUGUACAGGACUGUGUGGUCUUCGAGGACGUGGCUGUAUAUUUCUCCCAGGAGGAGUGGGGCCUCCUUGAUGAAGCUCAGAGACACCUGUACCGUGCUGUGAUGACAGAGAACUUGGCACUUGUGACCUCCCUGGGUUGUUGGCAUGGAGCCCAGGGUGAGGAGGCCUCUUCUGAGCAAGAUGUUUCUAUAGGGAUGUCAGAGGUCAGGACUGCAAAGCCAGAUCCAUCCUCCAGGAAGGCCCAGCCCAGUGACAUGUGUGGCCCACUCUCCAGAGACCAUUUGCCCCUGCCUGAGCAUGACGGAAUGUACCCUGAUGAAGGACUGUACAUUUGUGGAGCAGACCUUUUCCAGCACCAGAAGGAGAUUAGAGACAAACUUUGCAGAAGGGCUGAGGGGCAGCCUUCAUUUCUGACCAACAGCAGUGUUCACACAGGAGAGAGGACCUUGACCUGCAGUGGAGAUUGGAAGCCCUUCCCAGGCAGCACAGGCCUUCUGCAGCAGCUGGGCCCUCGUGGUGUGGGGCAGCCACAUGGGGACACUGAGUGUCAGGAGGCCUUUGGUCGUGAACAGAGUGGUUACAGGUGCGCUCGGUGUGGGAAAACCUUCAGCCGAAAACAGAUACUUGUUGAGCACCAGAAAAUCCACACUGGAGUAAGGCCUCAUGAGUGCAGCAUAUGCGGCAUGGCCUUCAUUAGAAAGUUUCACCUUGUUCAGCACCAGAGAAUUCACACUGGAGAAAGGCCUUUUCGGUGCAGCGAAUGUGGGAAAUGUUUUAGGUACAACUCCACGCUCAUUAGUCAUCAGCGAGUUCACACUGGAUUAAGGCCUUAUGAGUGCAGCAAAUGUGGGGAAUUUUUCAAGUACAAUGCCAACUUCAUGAAACAUCAGAGAAAGCACAAUGGAGAAAGGCCUUUUGAGUGCAGAGAAUGUGGAAAAUUCUUUAGGUAUAACUAUAGACUGAUAAGACAUGGGAGAGUUCACACUGGAGAAACUCCUUAUAAGUGCAUUGAAUGUGGGAAGUUUUUCAGGUACAGCUCCACAUUCAUUAGACAUCAGAGAGUUCAUACUGCAGAAAAGCCUUAUAAGUGUAAUGAAUGUGGGAAAUUCUUUAGGUACAAUUCCACACUCAUUAAACACCAGAGAGUUCAUACCGGAGAAAGGCCUUAUGAGUGCAGUGAAUGUGGAAAAUUUUUUAGGUACACGUCCACCCUCAUUAGACAUCAGAGAGUUCAUACGGUAGAAAGGCCUUAUGAGUGCAGCUUGUGUGGGGAAUACUUUAAGUACAAAUCCAAACUCAUUAAACAUUGGCAAAAUCACACUGGAGAAAGGCCUUAUGAGUGCAGUGAAUGUGGGAAGGCCUUUAGGUAUCACUGCAGACUCAUUAGACAUAAGAGAGUUCACAGUGGAGAGAGGCCUUAUGAGUGCAGCGAAUGUGGGAAAUUCUUUCGGUACAACUCCAACCUCAUUAAACAUUGGAGAAAUCACACUGGAGAGAGGCCUUAUGAGUGCAGAGAAUGUGGGAAAGCCUUUAGCCACAAGCAUAUACUUGUUGAGCAUCAGAAAAUCCAUACCGGAGAAAGGCCUUAUGAGUGCAGCAGAUGUCACAAAGCCUUCAUUAGGAAGUCCCACCUUGUUCAUCACCAGAAGAUUCACAGAAGACACUAUGAGUGCUGUGAAUGUGGGGAACUCUUUAGAUACAACUCCAACCUCAUGAAGCAGGGAGUUCAGUGGUAGAGACCUUUGGAAGGGGCCUGCUGUAUAGCACAGGAAACUAUUCUAUAUCAUGUAAUAAGUUAUAAUGGAAAAGAAUCUGGGAAAGAAUUUUAUAUAUAAAACUGAAUCAUUUUGAUAUAUGCCUGAAACACUGUACAUCAACUAUGCUUCAAUUAAAAAAGAAAAGACCAUUAUAAGUACAGAAGCUAUGGUAAAUGAGGUACUACUCCAAACUCCUAACUCAUAGGUGCUGGAGAAGCCCCUAUGAGUUAUGUUGGACUGUGUUCACUUCUGAGUACAGCAAACAUGGAAAGUUGUUUUGGUACAGCUCCCCACUUUAGACAUCAAGAAUUCAUACCAAAGCAGACCUUUUCAGUGAAUGUAAGUUUUUAUCUUAAACUCCAACCCAAUUAAAUGUCAAUGAUUUCACAAUGGAGAAACGCCUUAGUGCAGCAGUUAUGGACAUAUGUUCUGCCAAAACUUCGACCUUAUUCAGCACCAAAAAGUUCACACCAGAGGGAGUAUUGCAAAUGGAGAAAGACUAGCAAGUUGCUCUAAUCUGUCCCUGAGAACAUCUUUUUUUUUUGAUGAUAGUAAAAUAUAUCUAACAAUGCUGGGCUUCCCUGGUAGCUCAGCUGGUAAAGAGUCCACCUGUAGUUCAGGAGACCCCGAUUUGAUUCCUGGGUUGGGAAGA